GUGCUCCAGGGUGAGGCGUGAGCGAUGAAGAGCCGGCGGCGGUGGAGGUGGCGCUGGCAGCACCGGCGCUUCGCCCUGGGCUUGGCGCUCUACACGCUGCUGCUCCUGCUGCUGGUCUCCUACAUGCUGGACUACGGAGCCAGGAGGGGGCGCGCGGGCGAGGAGUUGCUGCUGCCCCGCCGCUGCCCCAGCCUCGAGGAGGCGCUAGGCGAGUGGAGCUGGGAAGAGCAGCAGCAGCAGCAGCCCCCGCCGCCGGAAGAAGCCUCCCAGUGGGCGGCUGGGCCCGGAGGGAACCGCACGGGGAGCGAGGCCGCCGCCCCAGGAAGCCGGGCUGGCGGGAAGCGGCAUAUUUACUUGCACGCCACUUGGCGCACGGGCUCGUCUUUCCUGGGCGAGCUCUUCAACCAACACCCGGACGUCUUCUACCUGUAUGAGCCCAUGUGGCACCUGUGGCAGGCGCUCUACCCGGGCGACGCGCUCAGCCUGCAGGGCGCCCUGCGGGACAUGGUCCUCUCGCUUUUCCGCUGCGACUUCUCCGUGCUGCGCCUUUACGCGGCGCCUCCGGCCCCCCGCGACCCGCUCGCGCCUUUCGCGUUCCCCUCGGCGGGCAAGGCAAGCAACCUGAGCACGGCCAGCAUCUUUGGCUGGCGGACGAACAAAGUGAUCUGCUCGGCGCCGCUGUGCCCCGACGCGCCCUGGGCUCGGGCUGAGGUGGGCCUCAUCGACGGCGCCGCCUGCGAGCGGAGCUGCCCGCCGAGGGCGCUGCGGGACCUGGAGGCCGAGUGCCGCAAGUACCCGGUGGUGGUGAUCAAGGACGUGCGGCUGCUGGAACUGGGCGCGCUCCUGCCUCUGCUACGCGACCCGGAGCUGGACUUGCGCGUAGUCCAGCUCUUCCGCGACCCCCGCGCCGUCCACAACUCCCGCCUCAAGGCCAAGCAGGCGCUGCUCCGGGAGAGCAUCCAGGUGCUGCGGAGCAGGCACCGCGCCGAGCCCCGGGGACUCCCCCGACGGCAGCUCCUGCCGCCCCCCGUCGCCGCGGCCAUUCUGCCCGGGGGUGGCGGCGCGAUGCGGGCGCAGCAGCAACACCGAGCCGAGUUCUUCCUGGGCGGCGCCCUCGAGGUGAUCUGCCAGGCCUGGUUGCGCGACUUGCUCUUCUCCCGGCGCGCCCCGGCCUGGCUGCGCGCUCGCUACACGCAGCUGCGCUACGAGGACCUGGUGCGGGAGCCGCGCACCCAGUUGCGUCGCCUGUUGCGCUUCGCCGACCUCCCGGCGCCGCCCGCCCUGGAGAGCUUCGUGGUCAAUAUGACCCGCGGCGCCGCCUAUUCCUCCGAGCGGCCCUUCCUCAUCUCCGCCCGCGACGCGCGAGAAGCCAUCCACGCUUGGCGGGAGCGGCUGAGCCGCGAACAGGUCCGCCAAGUGGAGGACGCCUGCGGCGAGGCCAUGGACCUCCUCUCUUACCCGCUUAGCGGCGAGGACGACGAUCAACUGCAAGAAGGCGCCAGGGGGCGCCCAAGCGCCCUCACCCAGGUUAACAAACCGGCAGCUGAUACAUAACAGGAUACAAAGGACAUAUGCAUUGUGUACACAUUGGAAAUGGCAAAUGAAUAGCAACUUUUACUGAAGGUUCAGCGUGUCAUUCCAAACACAGACUAACUUUAGCGGAGCAGACAUUAUUAUAAAGACAACUGAGCAAGGAAACUGAAAUGGCUCAAUGUGAAUAAUUACUCCUCUACUUCUGAAGUACUUUAUCUUCCAAGCUGCCAGUGUUUUCAGUUCUUGAUACUGCCACUUCCAACAUGCUUUAUCGGCACAUGGACAACCAGCUAUCACAGGAAGAGGAAUAUAAGUGUUUGGUUUGUUAAAGGACUCGCAUAUUUUAAAUGUCCUAUUCAUUUCAUGAAAGAACUUCAAACACAAUGCCUAUGAAAUUCAUGAAUCCGUAUUAGUGAAGGCAUACAGUCAGUUAACAUAAAGCAGUAGUUUCCCUCCUAUUCACAUCUACCUUUAUCACUGACACAGUACUUGCUUUUUGGUUUUUUAAAAAAUUGUAUUUGGCCUGUUUCUGCUUCUUCUUUGCAUUCGUCUUUUUCUCCUUCAGAAACUUAAAAACUGGUGGCGCUGAUAGUGGUAUGACUGUCAGUUAGAAACCACUGAUAUUUUAGUGCAACAUACAGAAGACAUAGCAAACACAAACCACUUCUAUCGAAAGUAAUAUUUGAAAUGUAAUUCAGCAACCAAAGCACAACUUCCCACCAAAUUUAUUUGCUAUCCCAGAUAGCCUUGGGACCAUCUGAUGCUAGGAACUAGAGCUUAGUAAUUUUUAUUAAAGUACAUCUGCAUUUCUGAAAUAAUGCUUUUGUAUUACUUUGGGGAAGGGGACAAUUGUAAUACACUGUCCCCUAACUGAACUACACUAGUGAACACUGAAAAA